AUGGUCUGUUGUGAAGCACUCACUGAAGCACUUAGUUACUCAUAUGAAGGAGUAUCACAGAAGGCGACCACUCCAGCACCAACGGGAGGAAAGAAAAAUUCCAAAGAAGGAGAUCCCGAUAACCCGGCACAGCUCUCUCCAGAGCCAUUGAUCCCAGUAUGGGACGACGAAUGGGACGACAGUAGCUCCACUGUGGCCGAGGAACCAGCUGGUCCGACGUGUGGCAGUUACUCGGGCGGUUACCAUGACUACGAAGGCUCCGGCAGCAGCAGAUUCCGCUUAUCCACCCACUCCGACCUGCCGCCCAGCCCUUACUCCACCUCCGCCUCCAUCGCCUCCUCACAAGCCCCGGGCAAAGGCUCCGCCACGGUCAGCCGCAACCUCAACCGCUUCUCGGUCUUCGUGAAGAGCGGCUGGGAGGCUUUCGUACUGGGGGAGGCGGCGGGGUUCGUGCGUGACGGGGACAAGCUGUGUCUGGUGCAGGGGCCGGACGGGCCUGAGUGGCAGGAGAAUCCCUACCCGUUCUGCUGUAACAUAGACGAGCCCACGAAGCAGACCAAGUUCAAGGGCAUAAAGAGUUACAUCUCGUACCGACUCCUCCCCAGUCACACGGGGCUGCAGGUUCACCACCACUACAAACACUUCGACUGGCUCUACGCGCGUCUCCUCUACAAGUUCUCCGUCGUGUCGGUGCCGCGCAUCCCGGAGAAACAGGCCACGGGGAGGUUCGAGGAGGAUUUUAUCUCCAAGCGCAGGAAGGGGCUGGUGUGGUGGAUGGAUCACAUGUGCAGUCACCCGGUGCUGGCGCGAUGCGACGCCUUCCAGACUGGCCGUAAGUCUCCUCCUGUCCUUUCCCUCGCACUGAGCUGUGGAGAUACUGGGAUCAACUGUGUGCAACCGGGAGGGCAUGGGGACAGAGAUCCGGAAUCAGGACUGCUUCUCUGA